AUGGGUUAUUGUAGUAUACUCAAAAAUAAUUUUGAAAGAGAAAAAAGUUUAUUACCUAGAGUUUUCUUUAAUAUCAUAUCAGUUAUUUCUCUAUUCUGUCAAUUCCAAUCACUCUAUUUUGUGUCUGUAAUGUUAUUUGGAAUCUGGGCUAUUUUUACUUGUUCAACGCUCUAUUUAUCUGGUGAACUAUAUAAUAUUGUGUUAUUGAUUUAUGGAUCUCCUCUAAUGUUUUUACUUGUUUAUAGAUUUAUUUUAUUUUCAGUUAGUUAUAUAAGUUCUUCAUUCAGCUAUUUUAUUAAAGUUGGUACUAGUAUAAAUCCCGAAGAUAAUUGUUCUAAACAGUUCAAAGAUAUUUUGAAUAAAGAAACUGAAAAUAAAUGGCAUAUGAUAAUACAUAAUAUUGGUAUUAUUAUAGCUGUUGUUGGUGUUGUUGUUGGACUAGUCGUAUAUUUAGUCGUAGAAAUGGUUUAUAUCUUUAAUGGAAAAAAGAAUGGACAUAGAACACCAUCUUUCCUCGGAACUAUGGGGAUUUCUUAUUUGAUAACAGGUGGACUAAUUCAAUUAGUGACCUUUUUUUAA